CUUUCUCCAGAGACCUUUGUGCUUUUGGAAGAGAGAAGUGAGUGGAUUUCAGCGGAGAUGAAGUGGUGGCUGUUUGGGAUCGUGAUUGAAAGCUUGUUGGUUGCUGGAAUACCAACUGAGGGUGAAAGACAGGAGCACCUGGAAGUGAUUACCAAAUAUGGGCAUCUGAGAGGCAAACUGGCCGACGUGGACGGCAUGGAUGAGCCUGUGAAGAGCUUUCUUGGGGUCCCAUUUGCCAAACCCCCAACUGGAUCCCUGAGAUUUUCCCCACCACAACCACCUGAACCCUGGAGCCACAUGAGAGAUGCCACCUCCCACCCACCAAUGUGCCUGCAAGACCUGGGAUGGGUAGAUGUUUUAAAGGAGAUCGUGAAUAUCACACUGCCCAACCUGAUGGUGUCUGAAGAUUGCCUCUACCUGAAUAUUUUCACCCCAGACAUGGAGGCUAAAUUGCCUGUGAUGGUUUGGCUUCCUGGAGGUGGCCUAGUCAAUGGCGGGGCUUCAUUCUAUGACGGAUCAGCCUUGUCCGCUUAUGGAAAUGUGGUGGUAGUGGCAGUUCAGUACCGGCUGGGGAUUCUUGGAUUCCUCAGCACUGGCUCCCAAGAAGCCUCUGGAAACUGGGGGCUCCUGGACCAAGUAGCAGCUCUCCAAUGGGUUCAGGAAAACAUCGAGGCUUUUGGAGGAGACCCCUCCUGUGUGACCAUCUUUGGGGAGUCUGCCGGAGGAUUCAGCGUGGGGGCUCAGAUUUUAUCCCCCUUGUCCAAGGGUUUGUUUCACAGAGCGAUCUCUGAGAGUGGAACGGUCCAGCUCCCCGGCUUCUUCACCCAGCAUCCAGAAAUCCUUGCUCAGAAAGUGGCAUCUGCUGCCGACUGUGAGACUACCAGUCCUGCCAUGCUGCUCUGCUUACGGAACAAGACUGAAGAAGAACUAAAUUCACUGAUUUCCAGGUUGCCUCCGGAACUUCACCUUAUCCCUGCAGUCGUUGAUGGAGAAUUCAUUCUAAAAGCACCAGAGGAAUUAUUGGCCUCCAAGGAGCUUCACGCAGUCCCAUAUUUAAUUGGGGUGAAUAAUAAUGAAUACGGAUGGUUCCUCUAUGGAUCUUCAUUGGUACAAAAUUCUUCAUACAUCAGAGAAGGCAUGGAUCGGGAAAGGAUUGCAGCCGCCUUGCAGCGAAUGGCCUCCAUCUGGAAUUACCCUCCUGAGAUUAUGCAGAUGAUACUGGAUAAGUAUUUGGAAGCCACUGAAGACCCUGUAGAGUUACGCAGUCGGUUUCAAAAAAUUAUGGAAGAUGCCAUCUUUGUCAUACCUUCUCUUCAAGCAGCAAGAUACCACAGAGAUUCUGCUGCUCCGGUCUACUUUUAUGAGUUCCAGCAUCGUCCCACAGCAUUCAAAGAUACAAAGCCAGAUUUUGUAAAGGCAGACCAUGGCGACGAACUCGGCUUUGUAUUUGGAGGGCCAUUCUUGAGAAGCAAGUCAUUCACAGGUGAAGCUACGGAGGAUGAGAAACAGCUUAGCAGAACAAUCAUGAAAUACUGGAGCAACUUUGCCCGUAACGGGGAUCCUAAUGGCGAAGGCCUGGUGGAAUGGCCGUCUUAUGGUCUGCAGGAAGAAUAUCUCGAACUAAACUUGGAACAAAGGAAAUCGGAGAAACUGAGAAACAGCUAUGUGGACUUUUGGUUAAAGGCCCUCCCUGAAAAACUGAAAACAAUAAUGGAAGAAGAGAAAACACACCCAGAGCUGUAAAAUGCUGCAUUUUUAUGUCUCUUAUCUCUUGCAGCAAGACUGGAUAGUAAAAUCUAUUAAACAAACCUUGUUCACAGAG